AGGGUGUGCCGGGGCUGGUCGCGUCCCAGCUGGCCCUUGUGUGUGGGACUCGGGGAGCUUCGGUUUCCUUGGCGGCCGUAAGCCGCCCCCUGCAGCGCCGCUGUUAAGUGUGUGCCCUCCGCUUUCUGCUGUGCUCGGUGCAGCUGCCUGCCCCGAGCGGGGAGCUGUGUUCCCUCUCGCCCCGCGCUGCCAUUUUGUGCCGCUGCAGCCGCCUCCAGCCUCGCCAGCGAGUAAACAACCGGCGAGAGGGCCUGCGACCGCCCUUCAGCCCCGGCCGUGCCCUGACAGUCACACUGAUUUGGCCACACCACGCGAGCUGGUGCUGAGGUGAGACGGCAGUGGGCGCGGGGGCAGAGAGGAAGCCGCCGCCACUGGCAGCAGCGGAAGCCCAGCUCAGCUUCAGGCUGCAGCACUGCAAAAGAGAAACUCUGCCACCUUUUCUCGAUGACUCUAUAGCCAACUGAUGUAACAAUGGUACUAAUCUUGGGACGCAGACUGAACAGAGAGGAGAGUGGGAUACGAGAUUCCCCUGCAACCAAGCGGAAGGUGUUUGAAAUGGACCCAAAGUCGUUGUCAGGCCCUGAGUUUUUUGACUUCUCCUCGGGAUCAUCCCACGCUGAAAGCAUUCUCCAGAUCUUCAAUGAGUUUCGAGACAGCCGGCUGUUCACAGAUGUCAUUAUCUGUGUGGAAGGACGGGAGUUCCCCUGCCAUCGGGCCGUUCUCUCAGCCUGCAGCAGCUACUUCAGAGCCAUGUUCUGUAACGAUCACCGAGAAAGCAGGGAGAUGUUAGUGGAGAUCAAUGGCAUUUUUGCUGAAGCUAUGGAUUGCUUUCUGCAGUAUGUGUACACUGGCAAGGUGAAAAUCACGACCGAGAACGUGCAGUAUCUCUUUGAAACAUCCAGUCUCUUUCAGAUCAGCGUCUUGCGUGACGCCUGCGCCAAGUUCCUGGAAGAGCAGCUGGAUCCUUGCAACUGCCUGGGAAUCCAGCGGUUUGCAGACGCGCACUCGCUCAAGACGCUCUUCACCAAGUGCAGGAAUUUUGCGCUGCAGACGUUCGAGGAUGUGUCCCAGCACGAAGAAUUCCUCGAGCUGGGGAAGGAUGAGCUUAUUGAUUACAUCUGCAGUGACGAACUGGUGAUCAGUAAGGAGGAGAUGGUGUUCGAAGCUGUCAUGCGCUGGGUGUACCGGGCGGUCGAGCUGCGGAGGCCAGUCCUGCAUGAGAUCCUGACGCACGUCCGGCUCCCCUUGUUACACCCAAACUACUUUGUUCAGACUGUGGAAGUGGACCAGCUGAUCCAGAAUUCCCCAGAGUGCUAUCAGCUGCUGCACGAAGCCAGGCGAUACCAUAUCCUUGGAAAUGAGAUGAUGUCUCCCAGAACUAGGCCACGCAGAUCAACUGGCUAUUCUGAGGUGAUAGUUGUUGUUGGAGGCUGCGAACGAGUUGGAGGGUUUAAUUUGCCAUACACUGAGUGCUACGAUCCUGUAACAGGAGAGUGGAAGUCACUGGCUAAGCUCCCAGAGUUUACCAAGUCUGAGUAUGCAGUGUGUGCUCUACGGAAUGAUAUUCUUGUUUCAGGUGGAAGAAUUAAUAGCCGGGAUGUUUGGAUUUAUAACUCCCAGCUUAAUAUUUGGAUCAGAGUUGCCUCCUUAAAUAAAGGCAGAUGGCGUCAUAAAAUGGCUGUUCUUCUUGGUAAAGUGUAUGUUGUUGGAGGAUACGAUGGGCAGAACCGCCUCAGCAGCGUAGAGUGUUACGAUUCGUUUUCUAACCGCUGGACGGAGGUGGCUCCCCUGAAAGAAGCUGUGAGCUCCCCAGCAGUCACCAGCUGCGUGGGCAAGCUCUUUGUGAUUGGAGGUGGUCCUGAUGACAACACGUGUUCUGACAAGGUGCAGUCUUACGAUCCUGAUACUAAUUCUUGGCUGCUGCGUGCAACUAUCCCUAUCGCAAAAAGAUGUAUCACGGCUGUGUCCUUGAACAACCUGAUCUACGUUGCUGGUGGGCUUACCAAAGCUAUAUACUGCUAUGAUCCAAUCGAGGACUACUGGAUGCAUGUACAGAACACAUUCAGCAGACAGGAAAACUGUGGCAUGUCUGUGUGUAAUGGCAAAAUCUAUAUCCUUGGUGGAAGACGAGAAAACGGCGAAGCCACAGACACUAUUCUUUGUUACGACCCUGCAACGGGCAUUAUCACGGGAGUGGCAGCCAUGCCCAGGCCAGUAUCCUACCACGGCUGUGUGACCAUUCACAGAUACAAUGAAAAAGGCUUUAAACUGUAAUCUUCUUCCUGAAAGACGUCGAUGGCAUGAAUGAGUCCAGUGGUCUGCUGUAACACAGGCUUCUGAAGGAUUCCUGGAGUGGGAAAAUGUCCUUUUCCUGCCUAAGUGUCUUAUGAAAAUUCUAUCCUGUGCCUUUAGAAAAAAGGGUUAAUUUCACUUGCAAAACAAGACUGCAAAUCUACCCAGUAACCAGAGUUCAGGUGUAUCUGCUCUGGGCUCUGCGACAAGAGCAGCAACGGUAUUGUACUGCUCUUCAGAAAGUUUACCCUACCUAUGAAAUCUUCUGUAAGGAAAGUCUUGGAAGCUUUCUGGGGAAAGUGCCUUCACAAGCAUUUGUGCCUGUGUCCUGAGAAGCUCUAUCUGCAAGGUGUUUCAGGUUCUGCUAGUUGGAAAAACACAUAGGCAAAGAAAUUUCCAAGAAUGAUCUAGCAUUUAUUGCCUGUAGGCAAUUAUCCUAUAUAAAUUGUCAUUUCGUGGCACAUUGUUCUUACAAGCAGAUUGCUUGCCUUACCCAAGCAGAUUUUUAUUAUUCAUGGUUGGAAAGGGGAAAAAAAAUAAGCAACCACCAAAAAAAAACCCAACCUAAAACCCAACCUGCAGAAAAACCCCAAACAAAAGAAGCUGCAACCAUUAGAAUCCUUGAAUAACACAUUUUCCUGAAGGGGCAGCUGGUUGUUCAGUGAGCUCCUGCAGCACUCUGCAGUGAUGACCAUGCUGUAACACUAUGGACUUCAUUCAUAGUGUUGCUGCAUGUUCAUCAGCAGUACCAGGCUGUGUGACGUGGAAGAGUAGUAACUGCUGGGGUGCAGGCAUGCAGCUCUGAAGCAGAUCUGCAAUCCCAGUUUUUAACUUUCUGAAAGUAUGCCUGGAGUCUGAAAGUUACUGGGUUGGCUCUUUGCUCACUGCAAAGUAUCUCUAUUCAAAAAACAAAGGAUGAUGAGCUCUGGAUUCUUCUGCUUUUUGAAUCACCUGGUGAUAGGAGGCAGGGACUUGGGCUGCACCCUGCAGCUUAUGAAUUGGUCUUCUGGGUCUCAUCUGCAGAGUACUCGCCAAAGAUUUCUUGGCCUUUCUUCAGACAAUCACUUACUUCAGCACAGCUAAAUUACUGUAGAAGCUGCCUGCCCAUAGGUAAGAAAUUCUGGAAGGUCCCUCCUGUCACCAGAAGAGUUAUCUGAGGGCCUGUCUGUGUAGCCACAUGAGGGAACUCCCACAGGUUUUGGAUGAUUCUGAAGCCUAGGAAGCGCCUUUAUUUUGGCCUGGCUUUUUUUGGGUGGUUGUUUUUUGGUGUUGUUUGAAGUUAGAGGUGGGUUUUUUUUAAGUCCUUCCUGUAUUUCUAUACUAGGUCUCUUUUAUUUCCAGGACACAGUUGUGUAGUUGAGGCACAAGUUCAUAAAAACUGAAAUAGCACUUGAGAGUUGGAAAAUGAAUAGGAUUGUCUGUACCAAUUUCCUGUUAAUCACCAAAAACCUCAGGAGCUGCCUUUCAAAGGAAUUCUGAGGACAGCAGCCAGUAGGGAAGUUGGUCAGUGCCAGGGCAGCAAUCAAAAAACAUAAGGCCCCUGCAGAGAAGGCCUGGCCUCAGGGUUCUGGUCUCCGUGCCUGCUCAGGAGGGUGAAAACUAGCACCAUCUCUGGAACGUUGUUUGUUCCAUUGGACUUUCUUCAGCUGUUUUCCCAGAGUAUUUCUUCAUGAGAUGGAAAUUCUGACCCUCAGUGAAGCUGUGCCAAACUGGGAGUCAUCAUUUUCAGCAACUUAUGGUCAUGGCUUUCAGAGAGCACUGGGAGCUGCACUUGGAUGCAUUAACUCAUAACCUCAGGAAAGGACACAAAUUUCAGUUUCUGGCUGAGUACCAAACACUGCUUUGUAUGGGUUACAAAUACUGAUAAAAUACACAUCUCUGCCUAUCAGCGAUGACAUUAGGAAGUCAGUCCCUGAGCAUGUGCACUCACAUUGCCCUAAAAAGAAAGUUCCUCUAAUGCUGGACAAGUGGAUCAGAGAAAUUAAUCCUGUUCUAAGUUGUGUUUCUGCCCAUUACUUCACCAAGGUAAUUUCAGUACCUCUGAAGAAGGUCCCUGGCCAGCGAUGGGAAUUGCGCAGUAAGGGCUGUUCUGUACUAACUCUGUGCCAUCGGUGUAAAUGAAACUGUAAAAAAUGAUAGGAGCACUUCAUGAAGAUGCCCUUGGGAAAAUACUCUUCUAGCCUUUGAUUUCCCAUCUUUGUAUUGAGACUUGUUACGUUGACUGUCACGCUAGCCUGCUUCUACACAUCCUCCUCUAGGUGUAGGGCAGUGUCAUUAUGUAUAGGUCCCUUUUAAUCUGUGUUCAGAAUACUGCACUACUCUGUAAAUAACAAAGAUAUUGCUUUCUGUGGCUUUGAAGACUCAUAUUUAGUUCUUAACAAUUCAUGUACCAUUACCUCUUAUUUUGUAAAUGAGAGUGUUUAAUGAACCAGUAAAUGCAGAAAUGUAGAAGAAAACUGCUCGCAGUCCUUCAGAAGCCUGAAUUCAGUGCUGAACAGUUGUGUGGAGCAUUGCUAAGAUGGCAGUUAUUCAUGCAAUGAUUUCCAUAAAACAGUGAUUUGGGGUUUUUUUUGCUUGUUUGCUCUGUAAAUAGUUUGCUCUGUCAGAACAAUUAUUUUUUGAUGUACUAGAAAAGAACAAUUCAAGUUUGGUGUAAUGAAAUCAUAACCAUUUUUCUAGAAGGAUGCAUUGAUUUGGAAAUUGCAUUCCUGAGCCACCUGUUCUCCAAUGCAUUUCACUUAAGUCUAGUUGAGUCCCAAGAUUAAAAGUCUCAGUAUCCUGCAGAUCUGCUUGCAGUUUAUGGGCUUGAGCAGCAAGUUGGGUUUCUGUGUCUCAGCUAGGAGAGAAAACUGUUAGCUAGUAGGAUCAACAGCUUUCCAUCACAGACGGUGAGAGGUUUGGUAGCUUUUAAGUAGAGACACCUGCACAAAGACAUAAUUUAAGUCUCACCAUACAUGGGAAGAGGGCUCAAGUAUCUUCAAAGUCACACCUAAGAGAUGAAUUCUAAGUCAUCUGUUAUUUUACUUCACUAAACAGAUAAAUAGCUUUUAAGUAUUUUACUCUUAGAAAGUAAAGUAUUUUCCUUCUCCAUUGUGAUGUCUCCUCCAUGAAUUGCAUCUUUCUCUUGAAAAGAAAGUUGAAGCUUCCCUGCAGUCUGUCUUUCAGAAGACUCUGGCUAUAGAACUGUAGUAUUGCCUUACAAUGCAGCCUAUAGCUUUCCCCUUUCAGAUACACCACAUGUUCCCUCACUUUACAGCCCCCAGGUGUGUAACACUGCUCAGUAAUCAUUCAGUUUUACCUGUAGGCUCCCAGCCCGGUAGUGCUUCAGUAGACAUAGUUUGUGGAAUCUCUUCCAUUUGUACCAUCACUGUGUGCCUGGUGUGCUUUUCCAGGACUGGGCACCGAGGGUCCAGAGCAAUACUGUUAUGUUUUUAUUUUAAAGGGCACCAAUGCAGUUCUCAUCAGAGACUGCUUUUGUUGCUGUUCUCUGAAGCACAGAUAAACUACAUUACCUGUGUUGGUAUGGAGCCUUAUCAUAGUUUACUCAAGCUUUUUAAAUGGCAAAUUUUAAAUGCAGAUUUUUGAGAGAGGCUGAUGUAGGAAAGAGGACUGCUUAUCUUGACAGAGGUUCAGAGGAAGCUGUGUUCACCACUUCUCUCAGACAAUUACUCAGUUUAUCCUGCUUUUGUUUGAUUUGAACUGCAAGGACAAAACAAGCAGCAGUCACAGUCCCUGUGACUUCAGGUUUCUCUUCUACCCAAAGCACAGCAGCAUACCAGAGCUGGCACUCGCAGUGCUGGGGGCAGAGCAGUGAAUUUAUUCCAGCUCCAAGGGAUAGGAGGAACUCCUUGGGGCACAGUGAGAGAUGGCAGGAGGAAAUGCAGAGCAUUUGGGGUUUGUGUAUUUGUCUGGGCUUGCUGAAUCCAAGACACUCUGGAUGCUCAUUCAUUUGCAGAAACACAGGUGGUAAAAAAGACUCAUGUUUGUCAACUUGCUGAACUCAGUUGGAGUGAUAAAGGUGCACAUAUGGUCACAGUUCUCCAGUGGCAAUCUUCAGGAAAGCCAAAGGUUCAUUUCUCCUAAUUGCCCAACUAGGCAAGUGCAUGUGGUUUGGUGCCUUUGCCACUGAAGAUGGCAAAAGCCAAUUCAAGAACAUCAUGAGACUCAAUUACGGUCACUGUGAGGCAAAAUGAAUGUUUUCAUCUGAAUGUAGUCUUGUGAAAACAAAGUGUAAAUGAAAUGGUUUGUGGUGCCUGGUUUAAAAACCUGAGCAACAGAUAACUCAGAAAGGACUCUGCAAGGUAGGGUGAGAUUUUUAAGCAGAAAUGUGCUGCCUGGUUGGGGGCUCAGCAGUGCUGUUUUUCUGCCUGUCUAGCACCCAAGUUCCCUCCCUGUGGCAUUAAUUAAUGCGGAUCUCACUCUCAGUUUAUAAGGACUGUGUUGGUGCUGUGAGCAUUGCCACAGAACAGCAAGCAGCCUCCUGCCAGCCCCAAACCAGAGGUGUGAAUCGCACAUUCUGCCUGCUAGCCUUGCACCAGCUCUGCCACAAUGUUAUGCAUAGUUGACAUUGCUCACGGUGUGUGUCUCUGGUAACUACUAAGAGUGCUAUUUACAGCAGCUUGUUUUCCACUGCAGUGCUCCACCCCAUGCUCGUACGUUUAUGUAUCUGUACCUGUUAGUAAUUCUCUGCUCAUUUUGUGCUAUGCUGUUAGAGGUAAUGCACAUUAAAGCCCCUCUGUACAGUAUGAUGGUAAUGUACUUACAGCUUUCUUUGUAUCACUAGUUCCAAAGAAAAGACUGUCUUAAUUUUGGAAACCCCUGUGCCUUGAAUUCACCUGUAUCUUCAGCUGUUGUGAAAAAGAGCUUGGAUUACUUCUCCCAGUUUAUCUUCAUUGGGCUUGGUCUUACUGUCCAGACUGUUGAUGUCCUCCUAAGAGAAAUAAAUCUUGCCGCUCAUUGACUAGAACAGUUGAACCUUAUGCUUAGAGUAUGCCUGGAGUGCUUCCAGUGCUAUGGCAGAUUUAGUCUAGGGAAAGCACUAUUUGACUUUUCCUGAUAUUUUUUUUUUUGUUCCUAGCACUCCUCAGUGACAAAGGAUUUGAGUUUAGAUAGGACUUCUGUCCUUACCAUGUACAGUUUCUUGUUUCAGUCAAUAGCCUCCAACACUUCUGAACACUUCAACUUGUCACUCGUGAAUCUCUUGUUCAGUAUAUGCAACGUGAAGCAAUAAUAUGGUGCAGCACAGCAAUAAGCAAAUCAAAAGACCUGAAUGUAAUGUACUGUUACUAACUUCAUCCACGUCAAUGCUGGACCUGUGAGUCAUUCUCCUUCUGGUGCACCUUUCUGUUAGCUGUCUGGACUCAGACUAAUAGGAGCUACUUGGCCAGGGAAGAGAAUUUACCUCCUGAACUGUUUAUUCAGCUGAUAUUUUAUCUUCACCUGAAAUCAUGGUUUGAUUUUUGCUGAGGAAAACAGCAGUUCAUGUUACUCCUUUAUUUACUGAAACAGAGAAGGUGUAGUUCUGCAAAGAGCUGAUCACUGUCUUCGAGGAUGAUCUGGUGCAGCACAAAGGACAUCUGAACAAGUGCAGACCACUUCUGUGUGCCAGAGUCAAUGUAGCAUUAGCUCACAUAUAACAUUAAGGUCUUCAAGGUUGUGCUGGCAGUAGAAAAGUGAUUUUGUAAUGUAGCACAAUUGCAAUAACAGCUGUUAUAUUUAAAUAUAUUUCUUGCAUAAUUCUCUGAAAGUUUUUUAAAGUUCAGUGUACCUAAUAAACCUUUGCCUUUUGAGUA